AUGUCUGGGAAUCCUGCAAUUUCAGGAGGAAAUAGUACACCAAAUAGGAAUUCUGAAAUUUCUUUAGAAUUAAAAAAAAUUUUAAAUGGUUUGAGUAGAAAUCAAAAAAUAUUUUAUGAUUCUUCUAACGACAAAAUUAAUUUUUUAAAAGCAAUUCGGGAGGAGCGUAAAAAAUGGAAGUUAGCUAUAGACGCUUCUUUUACUGUACUCAGUAUUCUUGUGACAAUCGCUAUUAAUGCUGUUGCUAAAAUCUUUAAUAAUGAUGAAUAUAUAAAUAAAUUUGUUCUGAUUCUAAACUGUAUUGUCUUUGGAAUUCAAGCUUUCACAAUAAUAAGUGUACCUGUAAAUGAAGGUAUAUUUGAUAAUAAAACCUGGACUCGAGUAAUGUGGAUUUUAAUUCCAACAAUUAUUGGAAUAUUGUUGGCAAUAUUUCUAGGCAUUUAUGUUCUCCCUGCAUCUGUCACAAUCUCCUGGAUUGUAGUUGGUGUAUUAGGCUCUAAUCUUUUUCUUCAAGCAUUUGAAUAUUUUUUAGAAUGA